CACGCUCAAUAAUUAUUUUUAUCAAAAAAAAAAAAAAAAAAAAAAACGCUAAUCGAAAAAACCCAACCUCGUCGGCGACGACAGAGGGACGAACUCUGUCCAUAUCACCUCCGCCUGCCACCGAAAACGUCGCACGCGGUUGUGCAAUUCAGUUCAUUCUGUCAUUAAUCAGUGUCGGGAAUGCUUGUUGGAAAAAAUUCCAUCCAGGAAACCUAUUAUGAUAUUCUUCAUGUAAAAGAAGAUGCAAGUUACAAAGAAAUACGCGUAAGUUAUCGAAGUGCCAUCCUUAAUUUUCAUCCUGACAAACUAGUAAAGACCAAUGAGAUGGUUAAUCCAAGUGAGGAAUCAGGAGAUAGAUUUUUGAAGGUACAGAAGGCAUGGGAAAUCCUAAGUAAUUCGAUGUCACGUGCACUUUAUGAUAAUGAGCUGCAGGGCUCGAGAGCGGAAAUUGGAGUAGCAGAAGAUGUAGGCAUAUAUGAUAUGAUGGUUGAAGAUAAUGGAGAUACCUUGGUGCUUUGUUACCAGUGCCAGUGUGUAGCAGUCUUAGCCAGAAAGAGAAUGGGUUCUGGUGAAGGAAGGCCCCAUUGGAGUGUCUAUGAUGGCGUGAAGGUUAUCCCCUCAACGCCUGAAGCACUCAUGGCAGCAAUGAACACAGCCAUUGCUAAUCUGGAAUAUUCACGUGCUACUGCCCUCCUCGAGUCAAAAUCUUCUUCCCAGUCAAAAAUCAAGAGGUCUGAUGUAAGUGUGGGCCGUGUGGCUGCUCAAUAUGAUGCCAGAUUGGCUGAUGAGGCUUACAAGGCAGGAUGUGCGGCGUUGGCUGCUGGCAAGCUUGAUGAGGCUUUGCAAUCUUUGAAUGUCUCUCUCUCGAAAUGCCCUCCCAACAAGACUUCAGCUGUUGCUAAGCUUCAGUCCCUUAUUUCUCUCACAUCUCAGCAACUGCAAAAAUCCUCCAAGUGAAUUAAGCGGUACCUAUAGGUUCAGGUAAUCAAGUGAUUAUAUUUUGUUUUUCUGAAUUAUGCUUGGUUAAAUCCAUGAAGAUGAUUUAUUUUAAAAAGGGGAAUUUUGAAUCGUUCAUUACACUAGUCAUGCUUUUGCUGGGGGAGGAUUUCCAUUAUGCUGUAAUAUAUUGGACCAGCCUUUGUUGAAUUUAUUUCAGUUUUCUUUCCCAUUAUUAUCUCAAAGUUUAUGGAAUUUAUGGGGCAUGCAAAUCUUCUUAUCA